AUGGAUCAAGAUGAUGGCAGUGAGCCGGAAAUCUGUGCUCAGAUCCUCGAGCUUGAGAACUCUGAGAUGGCUUCUGGCGUUUUAUCCUCAAGUCAGUACUUGAACCUUCUUUGCCUUUACUUGAGGACUGACAACCUAAUGGCUGCUAGGUUUUUGUGGAAACGCAUUCCAGAUGACUGCAAGACCGACGAACCUCACCUGAAGUCUGUCUGGAACCUUACUGUCUUGCUGUUGAGGCGGCGGAAUUGUGAAUUUCUCUCUUCGUGUCAAGAAUUUUUAAGAGUUACUGAUGUCUCUCCAUCUAUCCAGUCUCAUUUAUCCACUGUAUAUCAAAGAAUACAGAGCUCUACUGUAGAUCUGAUCAAGUCUGCUUUCUCUUGCAUAUCCGUCGAAAAACUGUGCUCUAUGUUGAGUUUAUCUCAGGAUGAAGCUGUUGGUUUUUUGGAAAAUUGGACCCCCUCCUCUGAUGGCCUUUUCUUGAUUGAACCCUCUAUACCUCACUUACGUACCGAGGCUUUGCCAGAACAAGCUGUUCUGAACACUAGCUCUGGUGGCUGCAGCACUGCAGUUGAGACGUUGCGUCUGCAGUGCCCUCAGUGCCCGUUUCAUACCACCAGUUCUGUAACUCUCCGUCAGCACGCCUGGACUAACCAUUUGGAUGGAAAUCAGACAUUCCAGAGUCGCUUCUACACUUGUUCAAGAUGCACAGCAGCCACCACCGACCUCAGCAGCCUCCGUGACCACUUUGCUCAGGCGCACAAUAUGCAUGAACCUGAUGUGCGAGUUGUUGUCACCUGGAUUACCCUCACCCGUGGUGCAGUGCCCCAGACGGAUGCGCGCACUCCCACUCCUUCUCCUCCUUCACCUGCUGUGGCGAUUGAGGCAAGCGACGAUAAUGCGUUAAUGGUAGUCGAGGACUGUGGAACUACCGAGGUCUCUCCCGUCUCCCCACCGUUCGCUGAAUCUUCGCACGAUCAAUCUACAGUCGCACCUCCUCCGCCGCCUGCAGCGGAGUCGCAGGAUUGGUCUCAACUUAUCAGCCGGAUGGAUAAAAAGUUCUCCUGCCUCCUUUGUAUCGCCUCAUCACCUUCCGUCUACUUUUAUAAUGGUCGAACUGAAGUGGUUUUUCAUGUGGUUACUCGUCACCUCCUUCGGAAAGAAAUUGAAGACGAUCUGGCUCAUCACAGGAAGCUGACAAAUAAAAUCAAGCAACGAAUCGGUGUCCUUUUUGUUGACGGGAUGCAUAUUCGUUCCGGUGUUCACUACAAGGAUGCAGAACGAGUAGAGGCGGCACUCUUUCACUCAGUUGAGUUACAUCUGCGCUGGAAAGCUGUCCCUGGGGCUGACACCUCCUUACCCCCGCAGAAUAUGUUCACCUGUUCAGGGUGCCAGGCUGUGUUUCACAAUGAGCAGAUGGCAGUGAAUCACAUAAAUCAGGAACUGAGAGCUCAACUGCCGGACUUUAUGCGCGCCCGCUCCUGUCCCUGGUCUCUGAGUGCCCGAGAUGAGUGGGUGUGGUGCGUACCUGACCUUCAAUCCUCACCGACAACGCAGCAACAGCAUUCUCUGCCACUCUCACAGACCGCACUCUCCCCCACUGCUCCUUCGCCACCUCCUCAUGACUCCUCCACGACCUUGCUCACCUCAGAGACCAGGCUCCCUAAGAGCCUCCUCUUUGCUAGUAUUAACAACACCGCCGCCUCUCCUUCCUCUUCUGCAUCGCGUCGAUUGUGA